CGAUCAACUAUUGAAUCUUCUUAUUGUUUUUUUCUUUCACUUUGCAGCCAUGAACUCCAGCCAUAUCUUGGCUCGGCUGAAUGCAGCAACAGAACUGCCAACGCUGAGAGGAAUGGAGCUGGCGCUAGGUGGGCUGGUUGCAAUGGCACUUCUAGCGUUGCCAGUGAGAAGUUUUCUCGAACUAUCUGCUCCACCGCGGCUGCCACAAGCACUCUUGAUGUUGCUGCGGUGUGCAUUGUUUCCGAGUGCAGUGGAAGAGGUGUUUUGGCGGGUCUUGCUGCUGCCCAAUGUCCACAUUGACGGUUCAGGCAGCCCCGCCUCAGGGAUGCUGGGCCAGAUGACGCCUACACAGUGGCUGUGGGCCUGCGCUUGUCUGGUGCUUUUUGUGCUUUAUCAUAUACCCUUCGGCUACGCUUUGGCGCGGCUGGGUGCUCUGCGAGAUGAUGGCAGGACCUUCAGAGACCCGCGCUUCAUUUGGCUGGCCUUGGUGCUGGGUACGGCUUGCAGCAUGGUAUAUCUGGUUUCAGGCAACUAUUGGGCCUGUGUUUUGGUCCAUUGGCUUCCAGUUUGUGUUUGGCUUCUUUUGCUUGGUGGGGAGCAAAGGCUCCGCCGCGACACCUCUUCUCCAAGCAGUGCCACGCAGUUGAGCGCUGAAAGUGACGAAAACAGUCGCGGAUCAAGCGUAGCGGUGGGCUUCAUGGCGGGAGUCUGCUGCGGGCCAUUUGGCCGACUUGAAGACCUGCCUCAAGAGCCACUUUGGCAGGGCAAAUGUUCCAAAUGGAUGCAAGUGCGCAAAUGGAUAUUUGAUAGAUGUAGAUAG